AUGCUCAUUUUCUUGCGCACUUCACCGAAUUCUCAGGGAUCAAAUUAUGCAUUUUAUGAGGGUGGAGUCGAUCCGAGGAAGACGAGAUUAUUCAAAAAUGUGAUUGUACAUGUGGAUCUGAAAGGAGCUCCACCACGUAUCGGAUAUUUAAUCGAAUUUUUCAAAUUGUUAUCCAAGAAUGGCGUGGAUGGAGUAUUGAUUGAAUACGAAGAUAUGUUUCCAUAUUGGGGAGAAAUUGAAUCAAUUCGAAGAAAGGAUGGAACAUAUACACUAGAAGAAGUCAAGAGACUGAUAGCGUCAGCUGGAGAAUUGAAUUUAGAAGUAAUUCCAUUAAUUCAAACAUUCGGACAUUUGGAAUUUGUUCUCAAAAAACCGAAAUUCAUGCAUUUAUCGGAAGAUUUGAUAGAUUUGAAUACAAUAUGCAUUUCUGAUGAGAAGUCGAUAGAAAUAGUGGAAGAAAUGAUUCAACAAAUUCGACAUCUUCACCCGAAUUCCACACGAAUUCAUAUUGGGUCAGAUGAAGCAUACCACGUGGCAGAAGAUAUCAGAUGUCAACGAAAUAUGGAACAGAAUAAAAUAGGAAAAUCAGAAUUAAAGCUGAAACAUAUUGCAAAAAUCGGAAAAUAUGCACGAGAAAUUGGAGGAUUCGAUGUAGUUUUCGCGUGGAAUGAUAUGUUUGAUAAAGAAUCAGAAGAAACGAUUCGAGAGGCAAAACUCAAUGAAUAUAUUGUUCCAGUUGUAUGGGGUUACCGACCAGAUGUUACUGAUCAAGGUUAUUUUCCUGAUGGAUUAUUCAAUCGACUCAAUAACGCUUUUGAUCGAUUCUAUGUCGCUAGUGCUUAUAAAGGAGCGGAUGGAGCACGUCAACCAUUCUCAAACAUCUCCCGAUACUUGGAAAACCAAAAAUCAUAUGUAAAACUAAUGGAUUUACACCCGAAAGCAGCCGAAAAAGUAGCUGGAAUUUUUGUAACUGGAUGGAGUCGAUUCAAUCAUUUCAAUGCAUUAUGUGAAUUACUACCAGUCUCAAUUCCAUCCUUAAUUGUUGAUUUGUACUAUUUAAAUUAUCAAAUGCCAUCGAAUCAUGCUUGGAAAGCUAUGAAAGAUCAUUUGAAAUGCGAUCAGAAGAAACAUUUACGUGGAAUUCUAACGGAAUGGGCAAUCCACGGAUGCAUCUUUCCCGGAGCUGAUGCUUUUGAAAUCAUAAUGCACGACUGGAAACGUGUAGUUGAGCGUCGUCUAUUCGGUCGAAAAGAUCUGCAAUCGUCGGAAUCUCCAAUAGAAAUUUUGAACAAAUUGAGAGAAUCUCUGAAACCGAUUCUGUAUAAAACGGAUAUUGAGGAAGUUUUCAAUCAAUAUUUGACUGAUUUUCAUUCCAUUCAACGGUCUACUACAACUACAGUAUCUCCCAUCAAUCCCGUUCCUUGA